AUGUGUCCCCCUUUCCCUGCAGGUAUUGAGAACCUGCCGUUUGAACUGCAGAGGAACUUCCAGCUCAUGCGAGAUCUGGAUCAGAGGACAGAAGACCUCAAGUCGGAGAUCGAUAAGUUGGCCACAGAGUACAUCAGCAACGCACGGACCUUGUCUUCAGAGGAGAAACUGGGGCUCCUCAAGCAAAUCCAGGAUGCCUAUGGGAAAUGCAAGGAGUUUGGGGACGACAAGGUUCAGCUGGCUAUGCAGACCUACGAGAUGGUUGAUAAGCACAUCCGGCGGCUGGACACAGACCUCGCUCGCUUUGAAGCAGAUCUGAAGGAGAAGCAGAUAGAGUCGAGUGACUAUGACAGUUCUUCUAGCAAGGGCAAGAAGAAGGGCCGAGCCCAGAAAGAGAAGAAAGCUGCCCGUGCUCGCUCUAAAGGGAAGAAUUCUGAUGAGGAAGCACCAAAAACUGCCCAAAAGAAAUUGAAGCUUGUCCGCACUAGUACAGAGUAUGGGAUGCCUUCAGUCACCUUUGGAAAUGUGCACCCUUCAGACGUAUUGGAUAUGCCCGUCGAUCCCAACGAGCCUACUUACUGCCUCUGCCACCAGGUCUCCUAUGGGGAGAUGAUUGGCUGCGACAACCCAGACUGCUCCAUUGAAUGGUUUCAUUUUGCCUGUGUGGGUCUGACAACAAAACCAAGAGGAAAAUGGUUCUGCCCUCGCUGUUCCCAGGAGAGGAAGAAGAAGUAAACCGCCGUGAGCCCUCAGCACUGCUGCAGGAGCUCUCUUCCCCCUGCCAGGGCUUCGUCCAGCUCCCCCAGCCCCUGGGGCCUUGGCUGGGGGGAGUCUUGCCCUGUUUGUGGUUUGGGCCAUCCCUGGAAUGGUGUGUACCCUCAGAAUGGCUGCUGUGUGUUCUGUAUCCCUGGUUGCUUCUGAAUCCCUAAGAGAGGCCCUCUUUGUGUACUAUUCUGAACAGGUCUCUGAACCUCAAAGGGAAUGAAUGAGGGCACCAGGGUAGCCACCAGAUUCCAAGGGAUUCAGGUAGCCCCUGAUUUUCCUUGGCUUUCCUUCAGCCUCCUCAGAGUUCGUUGCCUCCUCUCUGCUUAGAGAAGAAGGCUAUAGGAUGGGGGAAGGAAAGGAGGUAAGUCUCCAGGAUUUCAGGUCUUUGAUUUUGCUGGCUCUUUUCCAGGAGAGCGCUAGCGAGUAGCCAGGCCACCUCUAGCCACAUCUAGCGGGCUGGGUGAGAGACUGAAAACCAAACGUUCUCCCUGUCUUUAACCAUUCCACUGCUGGCACUGAGCAGCCUCUAUCGUUGCAGAGAGGGGGAGGGAUUGUUUAGAGCUAGCUUUGUCUCUUCUUCCUGGGGUAAGCCUGCUGGUCUGGGAAGCACAUCACGUGAGAGAGGAAGAAUUUCUGACCGCAUGAGGAGGAAUGGCUUGACCUAGCCUGUCUUCCAGCUACAAAAUUCUGCCUUCCUUUUGUGCAGUGGUGCUUCUCCAUUAUGUUCAUGAUGGGAAGUUUGGGGAUUCAGAUCCCGCUUGUAUAAUACAGAAGGAAUUAAAUAAAGUUAAUUGAAACA